CCGGGCAGGAAGAAAGCUAGGCGUUAUCCCUUAAAUUCUUUGUGAUCGGUGCACACCUUGACAAGCCUCACACAACCAACACAACAAAAUAAAACAUAUUCGAAUGCGAAGAUGUUUCAACCGGAGUACGAACGCCGUUUACUUCGGGGCGUCACAGGCGGCAAGAAGGAGCACCUGGAUUUGCGCUGCAUUCCCACACGGGCUGGCAAUGAGUGGGCUCGCAACUUUGCGCUCGACCCAGAAGACACCACCGAAUUGUGUGAGAAUUCCGCGUACUCUUGUCUGCUGCGCAACGAGUUUCUGAACGAUCAGAUCUCUUCCCUGGAAAGCUGCAAGCAGGCCGCGCAAGUUCAUGCCCAGACGGGUGACUUCAAGGUCCGAGAGAACAAGCGUCUCUACGGAUUUGCCAAUAAUAAUAGUGCGCCACCGCUGCGUACUCCUUUUGCAAACGUAAGUGAGAGCAGUCAACGGUUGCUCAGCAUCUCGAAGAGACCAGUGCGCCGACUGCCGCGACGGCCGUACAAGAUACUCGAUGCACCGGACCUGCAGGAUGAUUUCUACCUGAACCUCAUUGACUGGUCGUCGGAGAACACUUUGGCCGUGGGUCUAGGCUGUUCGGUUUACUUGUGGAGUGCCUUCAGCGGGCAGGUGACAAGGCUGUGCGACUUUAAUCGGGAGGACAACCUGGUCACAGCAGUUAGCUGGCACGGUGGAGGACGUCAGGUAGCCAUUGGAACCCAAUUGGGCUACGUUACCAUCUGGGACAUCGAGCGGCGGAAAGAGAUCAAUAGACUGGACGGGCACACGGCGCGGGUGACUGCGCUGGCAUGGCGUGGCAGCAGAUUAGCUAGUGGCUCUCGUGACCGCACCAUUCUGCAGCGCGAUGUCCGCAAUCCACCGACGCACAUAACGCGCUGCUUGCGCGGACACAGGCUCGAGGUGUGUGGCCUCCAGUGGUCGCCUAGCCAUCACUACAUGGCCAGCGGGGGCAGCGACAACCGCCUGCUGGUGUGGACGGACGAUUGGCCAGAGCCCAUACACACCUUCAACGAGCACACGGCAGUGGUCAAGGCGCUGGGCUGGUCGCCACAUAAAUCCGGUCUGCUGGCCAGUGGCGGUGGGUCUGCCGAUCGAUGCUUACGCUUUUGGAACGUGCUUACUGGCAAGCAGGUGCAAUGCAUAGAUACCGGCGCCCAGAUCAGCAACUUGGCCUGGGCACGGGAUUCGCUGGAAAUAGUAACCACACACGGUCUGGCGCAGCCACAGGUCACUGUGUGGCGUUAUCCCUCGCUGAAGCAAGUGGCCAGGCUGUCCGGGCACACCCAACGCGUCCUCCAUCUUUCCGUGAGCCCGGACAACGAGUCCAUUGUCACUGGCGGCGCAGACGAGACUCUCCGCUUUUGGACUGUGUUCACCAAAAAAAAAGCGCGCACAAAUUCGAACUCUGUGCUAGGCCUGUAUUCAAACAUACGAUGAGAGCCAAAUUGCCACGUACUUCAGAUUUUCCCAAAAUUAUAUUUAUUAUAGGCUAAAAAAAAAUUGGUUACUACAUUUUUAAA